AUGGAGGACUCGCCGACGUCGGAGUCGCGGGGGAGGAGGAAGAUCAUGGAAGAGGACGACGACAGCGCGUCAAGCGAGAAAGGAGUUCCAGCAGCGGGGGCGGCGUCUUCCGCGACGGGCGGGGGGGUUGCGCUGGGUGGGACCGGGCUGUCGUCAGACAGCGAGGACGAGGAGAUUCCGGUGCUACCGCGGCCACCUGCAGAGGCGGACGUGAUGAUAUCGCGGCUGCCGAACAUCUUGGGAGUAAAAACGGAGGCCUUCGACCCUGACACCUACGAGGAAGAGGCGGAAGCGGAUGAGUUCAAGUUCACGACCAACAUCAUCCGGUGGCGGCACAAGCGGGGCAACCUCGGCAGGCCGGAGCUGGGAGACGACGGCAGGGCCCUGAGGGAGAGCAACACCCGCCUCGUUAAGCAGGAGCGCGCCAGGGCGGAGGAGGCGAUGCACAAGCAGGCCCGGCGCAAGAACAAGGACUACAGCAAGUACUCCAAUGAGGACGGGAGCUCGGGCAGGCGGCCGGCCAUGAACAUCGAGUACCUCGAGCAAGGAGCGUUCGACGACAGUAAACCGAAAGACAUGAGAGACGACGUCAGGGCCGGACGAUACGACGACCUCGGGUCCUCCGAAAUGGACGACGACGAGAGUGAAGACCAAGAGCGAGGCUUGGACGCAUUCCGGGCGGAGAAGGCGGCAAAGGCGGCCGCGAAGGCAAGAGCGAACCAAGUCCUCGGCACCGACUCCGAGGAGGAGGAAGAGGAGGAAGACGAAGAUGAGGCCCGGGGAGGAUCCGCAGGCAAGGGCAAGGCGGCGACGUCUAGGGGGAGGGGAUCGGGGACACGUAUGUACGACGAUGAGGAGGAGGAAGAAGAAGAUUCGGACGAUGGGCGGGACGUACGGAAGCGCCCGGCAGCGUCGCAGGGGUCAACGCCUGGCCGAGGCGGCAAGCGCUUGCACCGCAGCAUCACCGAGGAUAGCAGCGAGUCGGAAUAGUAUUAACAAAAAUCGGAACGGUUUUCAAUGCGAAGACAACAACAACAUAAGCACAUGGGGUUCCGCUUUUGCGUUGUUGACGUUUUCGCAAAAGUGUCGUUGCGUGCCAGUGGUUUGUUUCUCCUCUCGGAGACGGUGGGAUGGCUGCCGCUAUACUCUCUGAUGUGGUACCACAGGAGAUGGGGUGAUCGGCUUUUGAUGGUGGGGAGGAGGUGAUUCCCGGUUGAACACCGCACGAUUCAUGACGACAAGCUGUGUACGCGUGUUGCGUGUUGCUGGUGGGGGCGACAGAAGCAGUAGCAGUGUGUGGGAGAGACGAGCAGGAACAUGUUGAGUCUCCACGUGCGGCGUCUUGGCUGCUGCAUCUGCCGAUGCGUCUUCCCAUCUUCUGCCUAAAGCAGAAAAUCGUGCUUUCCUCUCCUCUCUCAAGAUACAUUGGUCUUCUGCCCUCUCUUGAGGGUGUGUGGUUUCGACUCUGGUUCGGACGAGAGGCUGGGACUCCUCCUAGGAUGCCGGGGGCGCAGCGGCGUGGUGACAAGUAGGGGGGCCGGCACUAUGAUGACCGCGUGGUCGUUGAUCGGUCCCGCAAUCACACAGCUGUGUGCGGCGGGGUUUUAUCGUCUUUCCCGAUGGCGUUACGUUUUCGUGUUUGUUGUUAAACCGGGGAACCGUGGUGGUAAGUUUUUUGUCUUACGAUCUGAUCUUGGUCAUGUAUUGUGGAGGAAAUGUUAUCUGUUUCUGACCCCCUGC